AUGAAAGCAACUUUAUUGCUAUCUCACCCACGUGCGGCCUACUUCAUCGGCCCCCAAAGCCUUAUCCUACUGCGUCAACACCUCUCAAUAUCGAGAAUCUCUCCCCCGUUUCUCUCCGUUCCUGAAGACCAGCACUCGAAAAUCAUUUCACUGCAUCCAAUCGGCAUGGUGCCUCACAAACGCCGCAUAGUCGGCACGAGCCUGAAAAUGUACUUUGACCUGCAUCGAACCCAGGAAUACAUCGAGGGCAUCGCCAAGUUAGACAAAGAUGCUCAAGAAGUAGACGUCGACCUCUUCGUCAUUCCAGACUUUCUCAGUGUCUGCACCGCCGUUGAAAUAUUAAAAGACACAAACGUUAUGGUCGGAGUACAGGACUCGUACUGGGAAGAUGCUGGCGCACAUACUGGCGAGGUAUCGCCCUUGAAUAUCAAGCAGGCUGGUGCUUCACUUGUUGAGCUUGGUCAUGCAGAGAGAAGAGCUCGCUUUGGCGAAACAGAUGAGACGACGGCUAGAAAAGUAACAGCUGCGACGCGUAACGGGCUCACACCCUUGGUAUGCAUUGGAGAGAAGGAGCGUGGUGCGAGUGCAUCGCAGUCUGUCGGGACUGCCAUAGCAGAAUGUGAGAAACAGGUAAAAGCAAUCCUCGCAGCGGCGCCGGACGAUUCAGAUCUCAUACUUGCCUACGAACCAGUAUGGGCAAUUGGUGCGGCGAAGCCUGCCGAUGCAGACCAUGUCGUUUACGUGACGAAAGCAAUCAGGCAUAUGGUCGCCAACAGAAAGGGACGUACAAGAAUUCUCUACGGUGGCAGCGCCGGGCCUGGCACAUAUAAAGCGCUUGCAGAUGGUGUUGAUGGAUUGUUUCUCGGUCGAUUUGCGCAUGAUUUACAGAACCUCAAGCGAGUCAUCGAAGAGGUGGGACGUGGCAAAUAG